AUUUGCAUUGACACGACUAAAUAUCUCACAGAAUAUUAUCCAAUUGAAAUAAGUCUGCCUCAAGUGGAUUUUGAAUUAGAGGAGCUCAGAAUUUAUGACAAGAAAUAACUUAAAGGAAAAGAUCUGUUGUAGCGCUAUUAUUCCUUUUUGUUUGGGAAAUAACAAUAGAAAAAGUAUAUAAAAAGCUUAUUCUGAUACUUUAUAACGCAAAACUAAAUGUAUUCUGUUUUAAAUCUUUAAAUGGUUUUAAAUGACUGAAAGAAAUAUGUGAACACACAAACUUGGAACUAUUAAAAUUAUGUGAAUUGUAAAAUCAAGGAGAAUUAUUUGGUAAUUUAUUUAUGUAACAACAAGUGUAAGCCUGAAGGGUUUUUUCCAUAUAAAUAGCAACGAUAAAAAGCUCAUUAACCUUUUAUUAAAAUGAUGAGUUCUACCAAAUAGAAGUUCAGCUAGUUCAAUUGAAAUGUUAAGUAUUGAACAUUUAACAGAAGGCAUGUUACAAGUAUGAUAAUUACAACAGAUGUUUAUAGCAUGCCAACGUAUCGACCGGAGAUAAUUUACGGGACAAGAAAUUACAAACAGGAUCAAGGUGAAUUGAAAUGAACAUCAACAUUAACUGUUUACUUGGUUUCUUGAUUUGUUUGAAUAUCUUUACCAGAGGAAAAUGUUUACAGUGUUGGAAGUGCAUUUCUGACGACUGUGAGACAGACCCAGAACUGAAUAUUAGAGCUGUUAAAGUCAACUGUAAAGAUGGAGAACAGUGUAUGAAGGUUCGUUACAAACUGUUUGACAACGUAACACAUUAUGAUACUGUCAUACGAACGUGUACAAACAGUCUGUGUACUACGCCAUCAGUUGAUGAGUUCUUUAAAUGUGUGGCGACACCAAAGCUGUACAUGAUUGGAGGAUGUUCUCUGCGCUCUUGUUGUAACGAUCGCGAUCUGUGCAAUUCAGCAAGGAAUGAAUAUGUAACUUCACCAAUUUUUGCGCUUUGGAUUUUGAUUGUCACUCUAAAUAUACAGUGUAUAUGACUACACAAUAUGCAAAUGGAUUGUUGAAUGAUGUGAUACAGUUGUGCAUUGUUUGUAUUUGGAGUUUUAGGUCUCAAUAUUUUGACAAUCCAUUCUAAAAUCAGCGCGAAAAAAUAUUGCAAUUCAGUAAAAGCUAUUUCCAAAAAUAAUCCGUCCACCACAUUAAAAUGGAUAAUUAUUGGAAAAUAUAACCAAUUCUUUAAACUACAGUUGACAGAAAUUGUUACCAAAAGACGCCUCUUUUCAAACAUGUCCAAUGCCUCUAACGGCACUGCAAUUUCGUGUAGGACAGGCGAUUCGGCCAUGUAGUGUGACGCAAGACUACGAAACCAGGGCUCGUUACAAAUAAUAUUUAGAAUAGAGUCCCGUGCAUUGCUACUAAACAUCUACCAAGCUCAUUUAAGCGCUAUAUGUUAGAGCAUAUUCUAUAUUCUACACUAUUUUCCGACUUAAUCCACUAUCGUUGUUUGGUUUGAGAAAUCACUCAUAUUGGUAACGUGUACCUUUGGCAACUAUAGAUACAUGUUACAUGCCACGGCUGUUUCUUUCAUUUGCGAUGUUUAAAGCAUUUGUUAGAGAGUGCUGAGAAAACAAAUAAUGUAAUUUUAGUAUGGCUUUGGAAGUUAUUCUAAUUCGUGAGGAUUUCAUUAGUGGGUUGAUCAGGCCAAUUUUCAGGUUUUGAGCGAAGCAACCUAAAAUAGAAUGCUCCAAUACUACUUCAUUAUUACCAUUUUCAAGUUUCAUAAUUACAGACAUUCAAGUUACUUCCUUUCAAGAUUCAACUGCUGCGUUUUCUGUUAAGUUAGGUUAACACAAGCACUGUCGUUCAACAAAACUAUCACUUCAAAGAGCCAUUUAUCAAAUUAAUGAAAGCGUCCCAUGAGACUCAGUCUUGGUCAGUUUCACUUUCGUAAGCACUUACUGAAAUAGAUUGUGGUUGUAUUGAAAUCAGAUCAGGUUGGAAUUAGAAAAUUAUUCGCUUUAGAAGAAGGAAUGUUGAUUUUACAAGAUUUGUCAAUUUUUUUUCAUGAACGCUAACAUUUUUAUUUUGUUUUGUUGAUAAAUUCGUGUCUUGUUUUGAGUGCCAGUUUAAUCCGUCUAGAAAUAAGUAAAAGAUUAAAAUGGAAUUUGGAAAUAGGAGUUAAAGUGAUUAUAUUCCAAACUUUUGAUUAAAUAGCUUCAAAAUAUGUGUUAUAAUUAUAGAAAACUGUCGUGACUACAGAG